AUGAGCAUGGGCAUCUCGUACUCCACUGCCAAAUGGCUGGCGCCAACAUGUUUCCUCUUCGACUUUGCAGCCCAGCAGUAUGGCUUGUUCUCCUCUCCCAACAUGCUGGACGUCCAUAACGCGAACCUAUCUUUCUGGAGCCCCAUGCCCCACUUUAUUGGUGGCUUCUUCUUCCCCCAGCAGCUGUUCCAGCUCGCGUGGCUCUACCGCUUGUACAAGCUUGACCCCAAGAAGCCAGUCGAACGCAGCGAAUUGGAUCAGAUCGUCGACUUUGUGCCCUAUUACUCCCUCGGCAAUAUCUGCAUCGGCACCUGGAUGAUAUUCUGGAAUACGGAGCAGCUUAAAAUUUCCAAUAUCUUCGUCGUCGUCAACAGCCUGACUCAGCUGUACUAUGUUUUCGCCAAACUCCCUCCCAUGAACACCAAGUCCACGAGCUCGAUUCUUACGAAUAUCGUGUCAAAGACGUUCGCGGGUAUCGGGGUGCUUGACCUCCUUCACAACGGCAGCGUUGCUUACUUCAAGGACGCUCCUGCAACCAUGACCGUCAAGGUUUUGACUGGGCUUGGAUUCGGCAUUGCCAGCGCUGCCAGCGAUUGGAUUUUUGGAGGAUGUAUGGUAUACGAUUUAGUGGCGUUGGCCGCUGGUCAAAGCGGAAGCUGGAGGAAUUUGCUGGCGUUGUACGCAGUGGGAGCUGCGGGCAUCGUUGGGGCGAAGAACAUGGCCAGACCACCGUACAAUGGGGAGGAUUCUGGCUACAAGCAAACAGCAACAGAGGACAUUCAGGACCGAGUAUGA